GGGCGGGUUGGAAGGGGGGCAGCUCUGGGCAGAGGCACCUGCACCGGACCUUGUGCCUUUCUCCCGCGGGACAGACAGACUGAGGGUGAAAGAGACCUCCGUCGGAGCCUCAUGGCCUACCCAGGUUUCGGAGGAUGGUUUGGAAAUUUUAAUGGUCAGAUCCCAGGACAGCCAGUCCCAGGAACAUGUCCACCCCUGCUUGCUGGUGGCCCUCCUGGAUACACAGCAUACUCACACAGCAGUGACCCCAUGUGGACCUACUUCACUGCGGUGGCCGGACAGGAUGGUGAAGUGGAUGCUGAAGAACUUCAGAUGUGUUUGACCCAGUCUGGAAUUAGUGGAACUUAUUCUCCUUUCAGUUUGGAAACCUGCAGAAUCAUGAUUGCCAUGUUGGAUAGAGAUUAUACAGGAAAAAUGGGAUUUAGUGAAUUCAAGGAGCUUUGGGCAGCUCUUAAUGCCUGGAAGCAGAACUUCAUGGCCAUAGAUGAAGACCGAAGUGGGACAGUAGAGCAUCAUGAACUAAGUCAAGCCAUUGCUGUUAUGGGAUACAGGUUGAGUCCUCAGACAUUACAUGCUAUUGUUAAACGUUACAGCAAGAAUGGCAGAAUUUUCUUUGAUGAUUAUGUUGCUUGCUGUGUAAAGCUUCGAGCAUUGACAGAUUUCUUUAGAAGAAGAGACCAUUUGCACCAAGGCUUUGUUAAUUUCAUAUAUGAGGACUUUUUGCAGGGCACUAUGAUGAUCUGAAUGCCUAGAAUUUGAAAGCUCUAGAAACACUAUGAAUCCUUUUGCAUGGAAGAAAUGAACUGGACUUCCUUAAAUAAAAGGUUUGGGGCUUUUUAUGUUUCUACUUGUUAAUAAAUCUCUUCUCUUUCUGUAUGUUUUUACUAUAAAACACAGUUAAAAGCAAUAAAAGAUGUUUUAAUUGAUGUUA